CCCAUAACCCUUAAUCCCCCCACUAUGCAAAAAUCUAUCCAACCUUGUCUUAAAUAUAUUCACUGAGGUAGCCUCCACUGCUUCAUUGGGCAGAGAAUUCCACAGAUUCACCACUCUCUUGGAAAAGCAGUUCCUUCUCAUCUCCGUCCAAAAUCUACUCCCCCGAAUCUUGAGUCUAUGUCCCCGAGUUCUACUUCUCACCGGAUGGUGUCAGGAUUUUGGCAAAGUUUGAUCCACGCAGUUUGUGGAUUGGACUCUGCAGUUCAUGUUAUGACAUGUUUCUGGUUUCUGGUCACUCCUUUUUUUAAUUGCUAUUUAGUACGAUUUUGAUUGGGGCGGACCAGCUCUGUGGCCUGUAGUCGACAAGCGACAGCGCUAAAAUGAACUGAAAUAAACUGAGCCUUCCCAACCUGUUUCAACGACUUUGUAAAUUGAAUUGACUUUAGUUCUUGCAUCCUUCACAUACAUGAGGAGUAGAAAUCUUUAUGUUACAUCACUGUCUAAAUGUGCAAUGUACAAUCAUGGUAAUUUAUAAUAAAUAGAACAGUCAAUGUAACAUAGAAAUACACUCAAAUCAGAGUGAGUUAAUCAGUCUGAUGGCCUGGUGGAAGAAGCUGUCCCUGAGCCUGUUGGUCCUGGCUUUUAUGCUGCAGUACCGUUUCCCGGAUGGUAGCAGCUGGAAUAGAUUGUGGUUGGAGGUGAUUCGGGUCCCCAAUGAUCCUCUGGGCUCUUUUUUUUCAUACCUGUCCUUGUAAAUGUCCUGAAUCAUGGGAAGUUCACAACUACAGAUGCACUGGGCUGUCCGCAACACUCCCUGCAGAAUCCUGCGAUUAAGGGAGGUGCAGUUCCCAUACCAGGCCAGUCAGGAUGCUCUCAAUUGUGCCCCUGUAGAAAGCUUUCAGGGUUUGGGAGCCCAUACUAAACUUGGUUGGAUGUUUUAUAUUCUGUUUUUCACUCGGUUUUUUUUUGCCUUUUGUGCAAUUUCUUUUUUUUUGGACGUUAGAUGUUUGACGUUUUUGUUUGAAUGGGUUCCAUGGUGUUUCUUUGUUUCUGGUUGUCUGUGGGGAAGAUGAAUCUCAGGGUUGUGCAAGGUUUGAUAAUAAAUGUACUUUGAAUCUUUGAAACCAUGCCUUGUGGUAGUGCGCUCUGUGUUCUCAACAGUCUCGGCAAAAAAAUUUUCUUUGGAUUUCACUGACCACCCCUCCCCUUCCCUUGUAGUUAUGGUUUUACCUGUAGACUUAAAUCACAUCUCAAGGAGAUCUGUCCAAGAGUAAGUUGAGAGACUAUUUGAGUACUUCCUCGGUUGAGGAUGUCUUGUUUCCACUGGAUUUCUGAGGAAAGAAAAAUUCCUGUGGGUGAGUUCUUUUAAUGAGUCAACCAUAGCAUGCCAGCUACCGCAUGGACUUGACAGAAUGGGGUCUUGGCUCAACGUGAAGGAGGUGCAAGACGACAAGAGGUCAGAAUCUGCUGCUCAGAGAUCGAGACUUACAGGGGCACGCUGUGUACAUGUAGGUACGCGGCUCGACCCUGACUAACAGUAUCCGUGUCUUUUUUAAACAUCUGUCUUUGCAAACAGCUUGAUACUUUUUUUUCAGGAAGGGAAACAUUGGGGAAUGAUUUAUUAACACAGCCUUUUGUUAUUGUGGUCCCUAAGACAGCUUCCACUUAAUCGCUCCUGAGAGGAGGGGAUUUAUUAGGAGAACAUUUUACUCUGAUUACAGAAUCAGGUUUAAUAUCACCGGCAGAUGUCGUGAAACUUGUUUUAACUUUGCGGCAGCAGUACAAUGCAAUACAUGAUAAUUGAGAGGAAAAGAUUGUGAAUUGCAGUUUACCAGAGGGCAUGCGUUGAAGGUGAUAGGGGGUAGGUUCAAAGGAGAUGUGAGGGGUAGGUGUUUUACUCUGAGUCAAGGAGGCCUGGACUACACUGCCUGGUAUGAUGGUGGAGGCAAAUACAUUAGAGGCUUUAAAGAGAUGUUUAGAUAGACACAUGGAUGUGAGGAAGAUGGAAGGAUAUGGACGUGGUGUAGGUAGGAGGGAUUAGUGCUUGGGUGUUUUUGAUUAGAUUUUUUUAGCUGGGUCGGCACAAUAUUGUGGGCCGAAUGGCCUGUUCCUGUGCUGUACUGUUCUGUAUCUUCUACAGAAAAAGCUGCUUCUGAAUCGCUGAGUGUGUGCCUUCAGGCUCCUGUACCUCCUCUCUGAUGGUAGCAAUGAGAACAAAGCAUGACCCAGGUGAUGGGGGUCACAUGUGAGUUCCAACACUUGCCUUUUUUUCCCUAAAAGAUUAAAAACUAAUCUUUAAACAAUUGUUGCCAUGCAGAAAGCACUGGAACUCAGCAGGUGAGGCAGCAACCACAGAGGGGAGUGGACAAUUGACGCUUUCGGCCAAGUCCAUCAGCUGUCCACUUCUGUCCCUGAAUGCUGCCUGACCCACUGAGUUCCUCGUACAUUUCCUGCGUGCUGCUGCCCUGGUUUUCCAGGAUCUGCAGUCUUUCUAGCGCCUGCUAGUUUGUUUAGUGCCUCGAUCAGCCCUUGCCAAAACCGGCAGCCUUGAAACAUGCAUAACUGACAAUUAGAUUAGGGAAGAUCCAGCUGUUUGGCUUUCUAAAGAGGGGAAAUUCUCAGCUGCCUUGGUGACUUUGAAAGAAGUCGUUUGAAUUGUGUAUUUAUUCUGAUCAACACGCCAUUGCAGUGACUCACGAGUACGUCUGAAUGAAUAAUGUAUGACGUUGCAGUGUCUUUAUGGAAAUGAUGCUCGAACGCAGUGCAGGUCGCUGCAGACGUGGUCGAAAAUGUGCUGAGAAAGCACGACAGCGCCUCUACUUCCUUAAGAAUCUGCGGAGAUUUGGUUAAAAUGCUUUUGAUGCUACAAGAAGCUUUUCAGACUCAAAGGCAAAAAAGGUUUGGAACAAGACAAGUGAAAAUUGUGCUGGCGCCAUUUUCAACACUUGAGAUAUAAAACCCAGUCAGGAGAGGCAACCGAUAAAUGCCCAAAGAAGGGGGGAAAGGCUUUUGGACAGAGAGAUAAGUUAUUUUGCAACCUAGCUAAUCCCUCCCCAAUCUGAACUUGGCCUUUUAAAGGGAGAGUAAUGACUGACAUGAUGAACCUCAAGGAGACGUCAACUCGCCAGCUGAGGCUUAAGCUGGCCAGCUUGGCGCGGCGGGUGGAUGAACUGGAGGAAGCCACCCGAAGCCUCCAUCGGAUGGAGGAUGAGAUUAUGGACCUGCAGGACAAGGUCAUUCAGGGCGAGGGCAGCAACUCCAGCCUCCUGUCCGAGGUGGACGUCCUGCGCAAGCGCGUCCUCGCCAUCGAGGGGAAGGACGAGGAGGUGCGGAAGGCCGAGGACAUGUGCAGGAACCUGAAGGAGAAGCUGGAGGCAGAGGUCAAGCUGAGCAAGGACCUCAAAGAGGAGAUUGAGAAGCUGCAGGACAGGAUGGCAGAGCUGGAAAAGCUGGAGGAGGCAUUUAACAGGAGCAAAUCGGACUGCACUCAGCUGGGCCUGAGCCUGAACGAGGAGAAAAACCUGACCAGGAAGCUGACGUCCGAGCUGGAGCUGCUCCGCGGCAGGGUGAAGGAGCUGGAGUCCUCCGAGAACCGACUCGACAAAACAGAAAAAUCCAUAAUCGAGGAGCUGGAGAAGUUAAAAUCUCUAACGGUCGUCUUAGCCGAGGAGAGGAAGAGCAUGAAUGAAACACUGCAAGAGAACGAGCAAGUUAUACAGGACCUGACAAUGAAAUUGGAAAUGAAUAACAGAUUAAACACGGUGGAUCAAAGCAAGAACUCCUCGAACCUCCGGGCAAACGUCAAUGAGAAGACAUACGGUUAUACAGGGGACCGAGGUGAUCUCAGGAUAGAGGAGAAAAUGACCUCUGGCCUCUCUUCCAAAGGAACCUUAGGAAAGGGGGGGUUGGACGCUCUGACUAUAACACACAACGUUGAGCUCAGAAACAAGGAGACUCAGGGAGGCCAAGAGGACAACAAAGUUAAGGAACUCACUCAAGAGAUAGAAAGAUUGAAGAAACGCCUCACCUUCCUCGAGAUGGUGGAGGAGGACCUGAAGAAGACGGAGGCAAAGCACAACGAGCUGCAGGAGAAGUACCUGAACGAGCAGUCGCUCGCCAAGCUGCUGGGCAGCCAGAUCGAGGAGAUGAAGCAGCAGAUGUCGAGGGAGAAAGCCCCGAGGAACGGCGAGACCCCACAGCAGGAGGUGCGCGUCAGGUCCCGGCAGGACAAACCAAAGUACAAGGGCGUCGCAGCGGAGCCGCAGGUCCCGAAAGAGAAACCUCAGGAGGUUUCAUCACAGCCAAGGUCCCAGAGGGAGAAACCGAGGAACCGAGACUUGUUACUGGAGGACAGCAGCACAGUAAAGAGCUACAGACGUCCUCUCAGUCCCAGUACUGGUAGACGCUUUCAGCGGUCGUCUUCGAACCCAAGGGUCACGCCUGGUGAGAAGAAAACCGAGGAGAAGGCUUCUGCACCCUGCUCCGAACAGAAAGAUCAGGAGCUGCACUCAGAGAAAGUCAGGAAGAUGAGGGAGCCUCCGUCUGUGCUGAGUCGCUACCCUCCCGCGGCCAACGAGUCCAACGUGAAGAGACCCUGGGGCGCUCAGAGUAAGCAGAGCGUAAAUGGACCCAAGAGCAAACUGGAUAGAGAUGAUGGGGAGCUGGAGCAAUCUUCCCUUUCAGACAGACAGAGAAAAACGCCAAGUUAUUCAGAAGUUUCCGAGAAUGAGAAAUCGGCGUGUCAGAAUGACGUUAAUGGCUCGGGUGAACAGCUGUUAUCCACAAGUGCUCCCCCUGCCCUUCAGAAUGGAAUGAUGGCCCCCUACAGGAAUCACUCGGCCUCCCCGCCUUCCCUCAGCGAAGCCAAGAACUCCUUCGUGGUUGAGUUUGAGGUGCCCCUGGCCACCGACCACGAACCCGCGCCGGCAAAGCCGGCGGAGAAGCCGCUGUCCAACCCAGGGGCUGUGCCAGGAGGCUCGCCGACGACAACGAGGCCCCGGCGGUCGAAGUACCUGCAUUCCUCGAGGUCCCAGGACCUGGGGCUGGAGUACACCGCCGUGAAGUGUUGCCCGGUGGAAGACCCCCUGAGGUACAAGCGCGUGGAAGCGGCCGUGGCGGAAGACGCUGCCGCGAGCCAGAGGGCGGGCCCAGAGCUGAAGAGGGUGUGCAGCCCUCGCGAAGGCCUGAGGUCCAAAGCUGUCAUUAAGCCGGCUAUCAUCGCCAUCGACAAGAAGGAAGUGAUGAUGGCGGGGGGGGAGGCGGGCGCAGGGGAGCAGCGGCUCUCUCCCAGAGCGGUGCCAAAUAAAGUAACCAGCAGCAUUAUGAUACUUCCGUCGGAGCUGUCGUCUCAGAGGGGUAGCAGUGCCGCGGUGCCAAAGGAGAAACAUACCUGCACUAGCAACAUCACCAUCGGCGCCGGUGACGGGUCCAUUCAGAGGAGUAACAUCAGCAUCCCGUACGAGAUAUCCAUCUGCCGGAGCGAUAUCACAAUGAAGCACAUGGAGUCGGACAGCAGCGAAGAGGACGAGACGGAGUCCGUGUCCGGGCUCUCUGUCAGCAGUGGGGUCACGGUGAGGUCUUCCGAGACGGCAGACGACGAUGGCGUCUGCAACAGCAUCGCCUCCUACCGGUCGAGGAGGAGCCGGCUGGAGACGAGGAACGCCGCUGCCGCGGACCCAGCGGAAAGGAGCGCCUGGAGGAGCGGCCGCGCGGAGUCCCUGAGCGAGCCCGCCAGGCAGGAGGGGGACCUGGGCCUGGACUACUCCCGGCUGGCCUCCCGCAGGGCCAGCCACCAGGGCAGCACGGGCGAGACGGCCGAGCGCCGCAGCAGCGGGGCCGCGUCCGAGGGGCUGGCCGCGAGGCCGAGCAAUGGCUCGCAUGCUUUGGACACCGCGGAGUCCCGGAGGUGCAUCGCGACAGAUCCCAGCCGGAGUUACGUCAGCGUGACGGAAACAGUUACCCGAAGGAAGCAGACCGUUUCAGUAGCGUCCAAGGUGGCCGACUGGAACAACAGCUGUUCUCAGUCAGUACAGGACAGCUCAGACCUCCUCUCCGCACUCAACUCCAGCGUGAUGUCCAAGAGAAAGGAAGCGGCAAAGCAGAUCCUGUCGGAUAUCGUCACGGAGAGGGCACCGAGGACCGAGGCCGCGGGCAAGAGGCAAUCAGUGAAACUUGAAUUGAGGAGGAAUGCCGAGAGCAGCCCUACCCAUCAGGGUGGGGCCAGGACAGAAGAGCGGACCACUGUCGGUAUCCUCUCCCAGAUAAGGAUGACCUCGAGACGGUGAAGCUUAUGCUAUCGAUUUUCAAAAUCGCACUGCAGUUUUUUUUUUAUGUCGAUAAGGCACUGCACAAGCUUCUGCAGUAUAGGGUUCAUUUUCAUCCUGUAUACUCCGUGAACUAAAGUAAUCAUAUUACACCUAUAUUUUUCUAGAGACGAUCAAGUUCAGAAGAAAUUCUUAACAGCUGCUCGCAGUAGACAGGGAAAACAAUUGCAAUUAUUCAACUCAGGGGAAGGAGAGGUGCCCCCCCCUUCCGCUGGCACAGAAUGAGCCAAAGACAGAGACUGUGAUAAAUUCACCGUGCCUUUGUGCAGAAGGACACUUCAAUCUGUGCCAUUCGUUCUGGGAGAGGGGAAAAAUCAGGAAAUCCAGAUAGUUGCAAUAGAGGCAAGUUCAAAGCUAGUGCAGUUAUUAUUAGUUACUUCCCUAGGUGAAAGCUGUACAAAUCUGCAAAUCUUAUUUGAACGUCUGAAGAACCUCAGUAAGUAUAAAGUCUCCAGUGUAUAUCAGUGUUCUGGAUAAGCAGCCAGUGUGUGUAUAUAAUUGUUCUUUGUACUUGGUGAAAGUUUGCUUUUAACAGAGACAAAAAAAAAAGAUUUUAAAAAAUAAGUUUUUUUUAAAAAAAGGACCAGGAGUGACUCGGUAAAUGAGAAUAUGCAAGAGAACCUCAGUCACCAGUUUGUUGCACGUAUGCUGCGGGAGGAAGUUGGAUCGGCUUCUGGCAAGAAUCCCGAAGCUAUCAGGGAUUCAGGCACUCCACGUUGUUCAUAGCACCUGAAGUAUUUCUGUUCCUUCUCAUUCCCGAGGGUAUUAUUGCUUCUGCUUUCGUGUGCCAUUCUUACAGUGAGCUGAUUCAAUACAGAGCCGUGCCGCUUUGCGUCUGAAGGUAACCAUUUGUCAUCUAACUUUCUCCUUUCUGGUCAUUCCUUAGCCCAGCUGCAUUAAAUUCAGUGCUGAUUUCCAGUAUUGUACAUUGUUACGUGUGCCCCACUCCUGUGCAGGAGAUGGGAAAGGUAGGGCGUCACAUAAUAAGGCUGAACCUCACUUAGACCUCGUUCACCACUGAACAGCCUGAAAUCGCAGUGCGAUUUGCUGAGGAAAAAGAAGUGAUGAAUAUCAGGGAGUACAGAUAGAGCACCAAAUGGCAAAUACUUCAGGCGUCUGUUAAAUCCACUGUAGCACUUGUGUAACGCAUGCAAAAUGCUGGCGGAACUCAGCAGGUCAGGCAGAAUCCUCCCCCACCCAUCCCCCCCUACUGCGGCACAGGCGACCAACAACAGCUCGCCAGAGUCCUCUGUACUGGCCGGUCUCUCAAGUUGUCACCAACUGUAGCCCAUCUUCCUGGGGUUAUUUUUUUUCCUUCCUCUCCCAGGGAUGAGGUCUUUGGAGCUUCUGUUGGUGUUUCUGUGGCUCUGUGUUUUCCUGGGAUGGGGUCGCUGGUCCCUUGCCCAACGCUCCUCCUUUCGCGGCCGGGCUUGGAACCAUGCAUGGUGGAGUUCGGGCAAGAGGUCUCAGCCCAAAAUGACGAAUGUUUAUUCCCCUCCCCUUCCGAGUUCCUCCAGUAUUUUGUGUAUGUUGCCCUGGAUUUUCCAGCAUCUGCAGAGUCUCAUGUUUAUGAUUUGUAGCACUUGUGUCUUCCUCUGUCAUUACUGACCAGAAAACCCCAGUGUUACAUCUCAUUCUCACGUCCUCAAUCCAAGUUCCUCCUCUGGCUGUGAGGAGGCAUGGUCUAGGCAAGGACCAGCACUGGAUGAGCACUGUGCUUUCAGCUUCCCCUUCAUAAAGCACACCGAAACAAGCGGCUGGUGUAAACAUGGCAUCCGUUUAACCCCAGCGACCUGAGCUUCUCACUUCAGUGUUACAAGUAACGAGGCGAAGAGGUGUACUUCCAAGCAACUAUGCUGCUAAUCUCUGCCCCUCACCUCCCAUAUAACCAUAUAACAAUUACAGCACGGAAACAGGCCAUCUCGGCCCUUCUAGUCCAUGCCGAACUCUUACUCUCACCUAGUCCCACCGACCUGCACUCAGCCCAUAACCAUCCAUUCCUUUCCUGUCCAUAUAUCUAUCCAAUUUAACUUUAAAUGACAACAUCGUACCUGUCUCAACCACUUCUGCUGGAAGCUCGUUCCAUACAGCCACCACUCUCUGAGUAAAGAAGUUCCCCCUCAUGUUACCCCUAAACUUUUGCCCUUUAACUCUCAACUCAUGUCCUCUUGUUUGAAUCUCCCCCACUCUCAAUGGGAAAAGUCUAUCCACGUCAACUCUAUCUAUCCCCCUCAUAAUUUUAAAUACCUCUAUCAAGUCCCCCCUCAAUCUUCUACACUCCAAAGAAUAAAGACCCAACUCGUUCAACCUUUCUCUAACUUAGGAGAUGAAACCCAGGUAACAUUCUAGUAGAUCUUCUCUGUACUCUCUCUAUUUUGUUGACAUCUUUCCUAUAAUUAGGUGACCAAAACUGUACACAAUACUCCAAAUUUGGCCUUGUACAAUUUAAACAUUAUGUCCCAAUACAACUCUGAGUUUGUUGAAGGCUUCAGUCCACCACUUUAUGCAACUCAUCCAAAAUCCGCACCCCAGGUUUGGAUUUGAACGGGGGAGCAAGUUGGUCACGGUGGCUGCUGAACCAGGCUGUUCAGACAUACCUGAAGUAGGCCAGACUUCCCUUAGCCCGGGGGUCCCCAACCUGUGGUCCAUAGACCCCUGAGUUAAUGGUAGGGGUCCAUGCCAUUAAAAAAAGGUUGGGUAUCCCUGCCUUUGCAGAUCAUCCAUCAAUGGUUCAAUUUAAUAUCAGAGAAUGUAUACAGUGUACAACCUGAAAUUCUUACUCUUCGCAGACAUCCACGGAACAGAAAACAACCCCAAAAGAAUGAAUGACCCAUAGCCCCCCCCCAUCCACCCACCAUGCAAGCCCCCAGAGACCAUGAUUUAGAGUCUAUUUAAAAACUACUGUCCAUCCCAACACUUCUCCAUCUCAACAGGCCCUCUCUGUCACUAACGCGGGGGAGAGAGGUGUCGAUCCUGCCACAUGAACACAUUGCCCAGCUCUGAUUUCUUUUUGUUUCUCGGCCACUUGCACUGAAAGGACAGAAGGUGAAAAGUUAUUUCGUUUUUGAAAACUUCCAGUGUAAAGUUGACCCGGUUUAAGAUUUGACCUUCCAAUCACCUUUCUUACUUGAGCAGUGAUUAUCCAUGAUUAGUUAACCAAGGAGUUCUUCCCUUUCUUGAUAAAGCAUUGAAUGAGAGCCCCCAAAAAUGUAAUUAUUUGAUUUAUAAAAUGUACCUUAAAUUUGACUGCACCCUUUCCAGACAGAAUUAAAUGGAUUAGGAUGGGAUUGGUGUAAAAAAAAGUGUUCGGCCAGCAGAGAAUUGAUGGGCUGAAGGACCUGUCCCCAUGUUGUAUUGCUCGAUGACUCUCCAUUAGGUUGACCAUAUUGAAGAUUUUUUUUUUAAAGCAGCUUUCUGUUACAUUUGGCAUUUGGCACGUGGCAGCUGGCUGCCUUGCGGGAAAUGGGGAAUGAACUGGGGGGUGGGGAAAGGAGAAAGAAAAUCCUGCUGGGUUCCAGUUCCACCUGGAGACCACGACCUCUAAUGGAAAGCAUGUAAUUCUAAAGCCCACAUUCCUGAAUACCCUCCCUGUCGUCAGCUAACUGAAAGAUUUGCAAUAUCUCCAGAACAGUACACGAAUUGUGCUUGGAAAGUCACAGAGCACUACAGCACAGAAACAGACCCUUCGACCAAUCUGGCACUGUAGUCCCACUGACUCGCACCUGGGCCAGAGUCCUCCAUACCCCUCCCGUCCACGUACAUAAAUGAAACGGCAUCCACCACUUCCGCUAGCUGCUCAUUUGGCACUUGCACCAUCCUAUGAGUGCAGAGGUUCCCCUUAAGUCACCUUUCACCCAUAACCUGAGGCCUCCAGUUGUAGUCCCUUUCGACUUCGGUGGCAUGGUGGCCAGCAGUACCAGCGACGCAGGUUCAAUUCCCGCCGCUGCCUGUAAGGAGUUUGUACGUCCUCCCCGUGACCACGUGGGUUUCCUCCCACAAUACAAAGACUUACCAGUCGGUGGGUUAAUUGGUCAUUGUAAAUUGUUCUGUGAUUAGGCUAGAGUUAAAUUGACGGCAGCUAGGAGGUGUGGCUCGAAGGGCCUAUUCUGCACUGUAUCACAUUAAAUAUAUGAAACACACAGGUGAAUUCAGUGGAGCAGAGACCUUCGAUGACCUCCCAUCUCCACCAUCCAAAGUCAACAGCAGGGUUGGAGUUCAAUGCUUCUGCAAUCCACUGGCCUCUACCGCUUCACCAGAGCCCUGCUGGGUGGCCCUACCCGUCUCCACCUCUCACAACGGGGUUGUAGGGUUGGACUUCGAGAGGCAGGCGGCACAUAUGGAGGGGAAUAAACAGUCAAUGUUUCUGGACUGAGGCCCUUCGUCUGAUCUGGAGAGGAAGGCCGGAGAUGUCAGAAUAAGAAACACAGAAAACCUACAGUGCAAUACAGGCCCUUCUGCCCACAAAGUUGUGCCGAACAUGUCCCUACCUUAGAAAUUACUAGACUUCCCCAUAGCCCUCUAUUUUUCGAAGCUCCAUGUACCUAUCCAAAAGUCUCUUAAAAGAUCCUAUCACAUCUGCCUCCACCACCAUUGCCGGCAGCCCAUUCCAAGGUGAGGUGUGGGGAGUACAAGCUGUCGGGGGAGAGGUGAAACCAGGUGAGGGAGGGGCAUUGGGUGGGGAGGGGGUGACAGAGCUGAAGUAAGAAGCUGGGACCCGAUAGGUAGAAGAGGUGAAGGGCUAGGUGUCCAUACAGUCUUUCAGGUUCAGCCCCUCGUAAAGAAGCCAUCUUAGUCACUCAUACACAGCUCAUUAUCCCAGCUCACUCCCCCACCUUCGAGUCAUCCUGUGCAAUAUUUUCCUUCUGAUUUUGUUAACAUGAAAUUACAGCCGUGCUCCAGUGUCGUUUUAGAGAAGGAGGAUCAAAUCUGUAAGUAUAUCCUGCAAUAACAGACAUAAUAGCUGCCUUGAGCAAUGGUUCCAACCCACUCUCUGCUGGAUCCACUAGAUAGGUCUGUUUAACACAAUAAUGCUGAUUAUGAUUAAAACCCACAUAAAAAUUCAUGGGAAAUAGAAAAAAUGAAAACUACAGUGCAGAAACAGGCCCUUCGGCCCAUCUCAUCCAUGCCAAACCAUCUAAACUACCUACGCCCAUUAACCUGUACCCAGACCAUAGCCCACCCCAACCAUCUAUGUACCUAUCCAAACUUCCUUGAACAUUGAAAUUGAAAUCGCAUCCACCACUUGCAUUGGAUUGCCAAACUCUGUGAGUGAAGAAACUUCCCCUCAGGUUCCCUUUGAAUGCCUCACCUUUCAUCCUUCCACCACCAAGUGCCUCGCAGUUUUUGCACAUUAGGAACAGCCAGCGUUUUCCUUCUGAUAGCUUUUAUCAUUGGGGGCGUGAGUGCACAAUGUUCUGUGCACCGCAGCUCACCUAUAAUCCUGAGGUGGAGGAGCUCAGCAAGUCGGGCACCAUUUACGGAGAGAAAUAAACAGUCGAUGUUUUAGCCCCAGAGCCGAGGUCCUGAUAAAGUGUCUCGGGCUGAAACCUACCUAUCUGCUGCCCGUUACACUGCUGGCAUUCAGGGUAGUAAUGAAGGUCGUCCAUCUCUGGCAGUGUUCAGGGCUUCCUUCAUCGUGUCAGUAGCUCGGUUUUCACUGCUGUCACGCAAGUCUUGGGUGGAGGUUCAGGAAUACCGUCGAACUCAGAUGUAGAAGGAUACUUCAUUGCUGUUUCCGUAACAAUUGUGUUUGACCAGUCAGGGUUGUUGGCCCUGAGCUGAAUCCCUGAACCUGGAGGACUGGUGGACCACUCUUAGUCUGGCCUCUACCCUUUGACCUGUUUGGCACGGGUGACCCUACCAAGAGCCAAAGCAUAAAGCCCUGACUCCAGCCAACAUAGCCCUCCGGGUCACUGAGGCACGCAAACCUCCAAACCCAACGACAAGUUUGGCAUCCACCUGGAGGGCAGCCCCAAACAAUCACUAUUUAUUUCCUGCCACAGAUGCUGCCUGACCUGAAGAAUUCUUCCACGAUUUUAUGCGCAUCACCAAGAAUCUUCCACGCUUUCAACUUUCACCACAGAGAAGUGCCAAAGCCUCAGGGUUUAGAAAGGGCAAACCACUGUGUUAAUUCAACAGGGAACAGCGUAGGCUGAGGUAUUUACAGGACCUCUCAAACUUCACCCCUUCACUGACGAUUGGAAGCUAGAAAGUGCCCCAGAACACCAGAGGGGCGGGGGUUAAAACUUCAUCCAGAAGGUCUGGGUUAAAUCUGUACUUCAUGAUCUUCAUUAUCUGUGCCUAACAAGACUACUUGCAUCAAUCGAAAGGUACAUGGCCUUGUUUAAAGCUACAAGUGUGAUACUACUGGUGGAACUUUUCAAUUUGCCAAGCUCAAUAUACCCCUUUACAUUUUGAAUACGAACUUGCUUUCCCAUUAGAUCGUAGCUUUCGAAAGAGACACGCUCCCUUUAGAGCCUUUUGCCUUCCUGUUUUUGUUCCGAUAGGACUUGAGGCUUUUUGAUGGGGUUUUUGCAGGAUAACUAGAAGUGGACGGGAGGCACUGGAAAUGAACCACACAGCUCUCCUAUACAAAUGAGGAGAAACUCGUCUUUGCUGAGAGGGUAUGAGUGUGCCAGCUCUUUGUCGCUCUCUCCAACCAAUAUCCAAUUCGGUCAAAGUCAACUGAAUGUCAGGAGCGGAUUGCAGUCACUGGCUGACACUCUUGCCCCUGUAUGUCCCUGCUGAACAAGUUUUGGACUUCUCCCUUAAGUCAUUUGCUUUUUCAGCAAUCCGCUUGCUUGGACACUCUCACCGGUUCAACCCGCUCUUGAGUUUCUGCUCUUUGCGAAAGCUUCAAGAUCCCUCAAGCAUUCUUCCAGGUGGCUAAACAUUUUAAUUCCCAUUCCGAUGUGUCGAUCCAUGGCCUCCUCCUGUGUUAAGAUGAGGCCGCCCUCGGGGUGGAGGAGCAACACCUUAUAUUCUCUCUGGGCAGCCUCCAACCUGACAGUAUGGGUAUCGAUUUCUCCUUCUGGUGAAUAAACCCCUCUUCCCUUCCUCUAUUUCCCACUCUGAUCUUUUACCUCUUCUCACCUGCCUGUUACUUCCCCCUACUCCUCCUACUUCCCCUAUGGUCCACUCUCCUCUCCUAUCAGCUUCUUCCUUCUCCAGCCCUUGACCUUUCCCAACCACCUGUCACCCCCUCCUCCCACCUUUUAAUUCCAGCAUCUUCCCCCUGCCUUCUCAGCCCAAUAUGUCGACUGGCUACUCUUUGCCAUAGACGCUGCCUGACCUGCUGAGUUCCUCCAGUGUCUGGUAUGCCUUGUCUGUAUCAUAGCCCGCUCCUCCAGACCUCAGUGACUCGAGGCCCUCCAGUCUGCUCUCUCAGCAGACGAUCACAUCUUCCUAACUUCCCUCCUCGACUUAGAAUCGAUGUCGCUGGUGGCCUCGGCGUAUUUGAAUUCAGCUACGUUGAAUGGAAUUCUCUGAUGAGAUCUACUCAGCGCUUGCAGUAAAGGGGCAAAAGGAUCUGUGCUGGAGAUGACUCUGGAGGCGUGCAGAAUCCUCAGGGUUGGCAUUCGGCUCUGCCCCACUGUGCCCACACUGAUGCAGUACUCUGCUAGUGUGAUAACUCCGAGCCCGAGUCUAAAGACUUUGUGGAAGGCGCGAUUCAGGUGCGUUUCUCGCACUUCGGGCGGCCCCGGCAGUGCUGCCAAAGCCAAGUUCGCUCCUGUAGAACAAAACUUGCGCAACGCUCGAUCCCGUGAACCACAUUUACAGAGUCAUUAUAAAAUGUACCAUUAUAUAUCAAAACAAUAUUUUAAGAGGAAAUAACGAUAGCAUUACUGCCUUAAUUCACAUAGGCCUGAUAUUGCACCGCUCGCACUUCCUUGCCUGCCUCCACCAUCAUUUUAGUUCAAGAAUUAGUACGUCUUGUUAAACGGAUUUAUCCGCUCCACGGCAAAUAACGGGCAGACGCGGUGUAAUUCCAGAGCAAACUAGGACUGGUACUGCAACAACGUUCACUCUCAGCAAAGCUGCAGCCUGUUAAUUGCCUAGACGCACAUAGCCACUGAUUGGCUUGAUGUAAAGGAUUUUUUAAAGCAGCGGUUUUAAUAGAUUUUAAAAAAUGCAAGUGUAACAAAAAGAUAUGUAACAAAGUAGAUUCAAGAACAUUAUUUAUUUGGUAAAAUGCAUUCUAAGGUAUUUUAAAUAGCUUGCAAUAUCAAACUGCACCGGUCUUUCCGCAAAACUGCGAGAGCUUCAGUCAGAAGGUAGAAAGCCGCUUAUCGGUUGUGUUCAACGCAUGUUUAUCUGAUUUUCCCCUUCUGUGGAGAUUUCUGCAUGUAUUGCUCCUGAAUUUAAACUGUCCGCUGAACAAUUAAAAUAUAUAUAUUAA